GACGUUGCACCGCCGCCCGCAAAGUUUGUGCUGGAGCCGGGGAGAGGGGGAUCUGCCGGUGGGAGCGGGAGAGUGGCCGUCACCGCUCCAGCAGGUAAAUAUUCUCAACUAAGUUCAGAUGGAACGGCUUGUGUAGACUUCUGUGAAUAUUUCUAACAGGGAAUCAAGUUAAUAAGUUAUUGAUUCAGAAUAUUAUACUUUAUAAAUCACUGCGGUGGAGGUACACCUUCAGCAAAAGCAAGAGGGUAAAUGGGACCCUCCGGGAGAUGCUACCUUCUACAACCAUCAUUGAUGCUGCCUGACCUGAGUAGUUACAGCGACAUCAUUGUUCCACCACAUACCUCAGUGUAGCCUUUUCCUCAUGGCCUACAGCAGCAGGCUAGCAGUUUCGUUACUAUUUUUGGUGCUGAUGAUCUUCAGAUGUGGAGCUGAAGAAGCAUCAUGUUGUUACCAAGCAAGAGAAUAUCCAAUUUGCAGAGAUGUCUGUGAUCAGCUUACAUCCACAAAAAGUGAAGAUCGAUUGAAGUAUCUGCUGCAGCGGUUGCCUGGCUACUGUCCCGAGUCAAUGCUUGAUUUCUGGGUUUGCAUCAACGCUUCUUUGCCUGGAGCACCAAGAAAGUCAGAAGGCUGGGUUGGCCUGGGGUGUUGUGAACUCGCCAUUUCCUUGGACUGUCGACGUGCAUGUAAGCAGGCUUCUUCAAAGAAUGAUCUUAAGGACUGUCGAAAGGAAUUUGAGACUGCAUUUUUCAGUUGCGUCAACAGAAAUGAGAUGGGAUCUUUAUGCUGCAGCUAUGCGGGUCGGCAUACAAACUGUCGAGAAUACUGCCACGCUAUUUUCCGGACAGAUUCUUCUCCCACACAAUCGCAGAUUAAAGCUGUGGAAAACUAUUGUGCCUCCAUCAGCCCACAGCUUAUUCAAUGUGUUGACAAUUACACUCGCUCGUAUCCAAUGAAAAAUCCUGUUGAUAGUUUAUACUGCUGUGACAGAGCAGAAGACUUUGCUUGUCAGACCACAUGUCGAAAAGUACUGAUGACAAAGUCCACUGAUCAAGAAAUUGUUGAUGGACUUAUCGAAGGCUGUAAGAAAAUGCCUCUGCCUCAGGAUCCACUGUGGCAAUGCUUUUUAGAAAGUUCCGGAUCAAGUAAUCCAGAUAACAGCACGAAUGGAUUGCCUGCCACAGCUGUUGAUGGUGCCAAAUUGCACUGUUGUUCCAAAGCAAAUACUUCCAUCUGCAGAGAUCUGUGUAUCAAGUUGUACAGCACCAGAUGGGGGAGCACAACUCACUGGCAAGAAUUUGACAGAAUCUGUGAAUAUAACCGUCUGGAAGCCGCCAUGUUUACAUGUCUGGCUGAUAUACGAGAGCCGUGUCAACUGGGUUGUCAAAAUCUCAAAUACUGCACUAAUUUUAAUAACAGACCCACAGAGUUGUUUCGAAGUUGCAAUGCUCAGUCAGAUCAAGGAGCCAAGAAUGACAUGAAACUGUGGGAGAAAGGGACCAUCAAAAUGCCAUUUAUGAAUAUUCCUGUACAAGAUAUUAAGACCUGCCAGCCGGAAAUGUGGAAAGCUAUUGCCUGUUCCUUACAGAUCAAGCCAUGCUACAGCAAGUCUGGAGGAAGCAUCUGCAAGUCAGACUGCGUAGAAAUUCUUACAAAUUGCGGAGAUCACAGUAAAUUUCCAGCUGGACAAACUGCCGAAACCAUCUGCAAUCAAUUAUCCCCAAAUGAUGACCACAAGAAUUGCAUCCCGCUGAAAAAUUACCUUGCUCCUAGUCCAUUCCACAGUACUGUGGCAGAGGUGAUACAUCCAUGUAAUCCAAACGCCUGUCCCAACAACUAUGUGUGUGAAGUAAAUCGAAAGGGUUGCCAGGCUGGACAAGAUUGUCUUCCCUAUUUGUGUGUCCCAGGAUGCAAGCUGGGGGAAGCUUCGGAUUUCCUGGUGCGGCAAGGCACCGUCAUUCAGCUACCUGUCACGAGCGGAGAAAUGGGUUGUUACAGAGUGUGCACGUGUGGCCCAAGUGGACGGCUGGAAAACUGUUUGGAGAUGCCCUGUAUUGAUGUGCAAAAGACUUGCAUAGUUGGAGGCCAGAGGAAAAGCCAUGGGACAUCUUUUAAAGUGGACUGCAACACGUGCUCAUGUUUUGCAGGGGUGCUGAUCUGUUCAAACCGUCAGUGUUUGACUGAAUACAGUUCUCUAAUUGAUCGGACAAUGUUCACAGGUCUACCAUGUAAUUGUGCUGACCAGUUCGUUCCUGUUUGUGCCCACAAUGGACGUACUUACCCAAGUGCCUGUAUCGCACGAUGUGUUGGAUUGCAGGAUAGUCAGUUUGAAUUUGGAUCCUGUGCAUCCAAAGACCCGUGCAUCUCUCAUCGAUGUUCCAAAAGUCAAAGGUGUAUUCCAAAGCCAAAAGUUUGUCUGACCAGCAUUGAACUAUUUGAAUGUGAUCAGUACGAGUGUAUCUCAAAAUUAGUGAACUGUGAGCUGCUUCCUGUUGAACCGGUUUGUGAUACAGAAAAUAUAGAACACUCCAAUCGAUGUGCCUUGUACCAAAGAUCCAAAUCUUUGUCCUAUGUGGGCCCAUGCCAGGAUAUGUGUGGAAAGCAACCAGUUUGUGGCCACAACGGUGAGACCUACGAUAACGUGUGUGCUGCCUACUCGGAUCGUGUGGCAGUGGACUAUAUCGGACUUUGCCAAGCUGUGGGCAUUCGUCCCGAAUAUAAUUCUCACCCCGAGUGCUCAAAUGUCAUCUGUUCACCACUGCCUAGCAAUGGAUGCAAGCCCGUCACUCCACCUGGUGCCUGCUGUCCAUUAUGUGCUGGAAUGCUGCGGGUAUUAUGGAGCAAGGACCAGCUGGACAGCCUUGCCAAGUUAAAUGGAGGAAGACCAGUUUCUGUACACGACAUCCUUUACACUUUACGAAUCCACGUAUCGGUGCCUCAGUGUGAUGUCUUUGGAUACCUAAGUAUAGAAUCAGACCUUGUCAUCCUCAUCAUUCCAGUUGACCAAGGUCCAACAACACUACAGAUUGAAGCUUGCAAUAAAGAGGCUGAAAAGAUAGACUCUCUGAUCCAAUCUGCCAGUCCAGCUCUAAUGGCCCACGUCCCGCUGUCAGCACUCACUACCUCACAGGUGCAAGUUUCGUCAACAGACUCGUCUGACACUGCAGUGACAAUCCUCUCCUCAGCUGCACUUUUACUAAACCUAAUUGUUGCUUUGUCGGGGUUAUUAUAAUUCCAGUUGUUUUCCUACCCGAGCAAGGCUACAUUCACUUUGCCUUUGAACUACAACCAGAAGGUGUACUUUAAUGACUGAGCUACAAAUCUCAACAUAGAAACAAAAGAGGUAAAAAAAAAAGAAAGCCAAUGAGAUACACAAAGCUUAAACUUCAGUACUUUUUAAGUAGUAGUCCAAAAUAUAUCUUUAUACAAACCUUUUAAUGAAGGGUGUGUCUAUUGUAUUUAAAAUGAAAGCUGUUCAAGAUAGCUAAUAAUUUUAAUGUGUUUAUUUUUGUGAGAAGUUUGAAAGAAUUUGCAUCUUAGUGUACAGCAAUUUGCAAGUGCAGAGUGCAACAGGGAAUUGGGCCUAAAGUAAGAAAUAACCGAGCUCACUACCUUUACUAAUUUAUCAAUUCUACCAGCAGAUCUGUCAAGCACAUUGAAACUUUAACGGAGGUACACUCAGUGGCUACUUUAUUAGGUACAGAAGUGGAACCUGGUUUGGUCUUCUGCUGCUGUAGCCCAUGCACUUCAAGGUUCAAUGUGUUGUGUGUUCAGAGAUGGUGUUCUGUUGUAAUAGACAUUGUUAUUUCGGUUUCUGUCGCCUUCCUGUCAGCCUGAACCAGUCUGGCCAUUCUUCUCUAACCUUUCUCAUUGACAAGGUGUUUUUGGCCACAGAACUGCCACUCACUGGAUUUUUUUUGUUUUUUGCACCACUGUCUGGAAACUCUAGACACUGUUGUGUGUGAAAAUCCCAGGAGAUCAGCAGUUUGAGAUACUCAAACCACUGCGUCUGGCACCAACAAUCAUUCCACGGUCAAAGUCACUUAGAUCACUUUUCUUCCCCAUUCUGAUGUUUGAUCUGUACAACAACUGAACCUCUUCACCAUGUCUGCAUUGAGUUGCUGCCACAUGAUUGGCUGAUUAGAUUUUUGCAGUAAUGAGCAGGUGUACUGAUGUAACUAAUAAAGUGGCCACUGUGUGUAGUUUAUACUUUCAGACCCACAGUUACGUAGAAUAUACAGCAUAGAAACUGACCAUGUGGGCUAACCGGUCUGCGUCGUGUUUAAACUUCACAUGAACUUCCUGCUAUCCUGCCUGCUGUCUUGUCUAUUCUUUACAUCUGUUACUGGUUUCUACUUCAGAGUUCCCUAUUCUCAACACUUUGUUAAAGGUCACAUAAAUUGGAAAAAAAAAUUUUAAAAAUAUUUAAUUUUAUUCCACCAAGUAAAAAAAUAUACUUUUCCAUCAUAUAUUUUGACCAUUACCAGAAUUUCUUUCAAAACAAAUAUGAUUAAUUCUCCUGGAAUAAGCCAUAUUACUAAUCAGUUAAUGUACAAGGAUACCACAUGCUCUAUGGUAACCUCUUCCAAUGCAGUACAAUCCAAUGUAUGUUCUGUACAGAACUCCACUUAUAAGCUACCUUCUUUAUUUGACUUCAACCUAUUUAUUUUACUUUUUUUGUUUUGAAUUUGUAUUUAAAUCAUCAAAACUUCUUCACAGUAUUAAUUCCAUUUUACUGGCUGCUUUCCACUUUCUUUCAAUUGAUUGCAUUCAGCAUUCACUGCCUUUACUAUGAGUUUUUCUUGAAAAUUGUUUUUUACUGUUAAUUUUAAUAUCCUUCUCUUGGCCUUAUCGUAUUGAUCCUCGUGCUAUAAUUGCUUUAGCUGGUGUUCCUCCUGUAUCAUGUUUAAUCGUUAUAAAACUCUAAAACUGCGUUUUUUAGAGUCUCUUGUUUAGAAAUUCCGAUGGUUCGGCAUCAGGCUCUCCUGGUUGUUCCCCAUGUGUGUAUCUCGUACUUCCUUUAAAAUCUCCAUGAACACUGGAAAAGUUCUUAUACUUAAAAAAAAAUGAAUUUGGGUAUUUUGUGAAACUUUUCUAAUAGGGAAUUAACCUUUCCUCAGGAAGUAGAACUAGGUUAAAUCAAUUGUGAUAUCCGGUCCUCCAAAAAAUCUCCAAAGUCCUGAGGGUUCAAAGUAAAUUUAUUUGGGUGUCAGAUUGUUGGAGUUUUCCUUAAAUCUUCAUAUUAGCUAUUUUGUUUUAAACUAUCAAUUUUGCUGUGCCAUUAGGUCACCGCUACUGUUUGUCCGACUGUCUCUUUGGUCUACCCUAUCUCUUUUAAAAGACAUUACUUUUCAGCUUUCAAAAUACACGUCCACUUUCCUUUUGUAUUUAUUAUUCAAAACUCGAAGUUCCCAAUGAAUUUCAUAAAUGCUGCACAUAGCCUUCAACCACACAAAAUGCUCGAGGAAUUCAGCAGGUCAGGCAGCAACUAUGGAGGGAAAAUGAACAGUUGAAGUUUCAGGCUGAGACCCGUCAUCAAGGCUGAAGAAGGAUCUCGGCCCAAAAUAUCAACCGUUCAUUUCCCUCCAUUAAUGCUGCCUCACCUGAGUUCCUCCAGCAUGUUGUGUGUGCUGCUCAAGAUUUCUAACAUCUGCAGAAUCUCUUCUAUCUGUGUAGUUAUAAAGAUUUCUUUUAAAUCUUGACUUUGAAAUAAAUAAUGAUUGAAUGAAUAAUUCUGUUUCUAAGUGUGCUUCUACAAUCUAUAGACAAAUCUGGCUAUCUGCAUCUAGAAUAAGGAGUUAUAGUAAUCUGAAAUAUGCUGCUGAAAAGCAGAUGGAUUAAUAUUUAAAUGGGAAACGGAUAAACAUUUAAAGAAAAAUAUUUGUUGGAUUGUAAGGAAAGUGCAGAGGGACGAGUUUAAGUACAUGUAAUAAAUUGGAACAGAUUCAGGUUGUGCAAAUCAUAAACAGGAGAUUCUGCAGAUGCUCAGCAGGUCAAGCAGCAUCUAUGGAGGGGAAUAAACAAGUUAACGUUUUGAGCCGAGAUGCUUCGUGACUGUUUAUCCCUCCCCCUUAGAUGCUGCCUGACCUCCUGAGUUCCUCCAACAUUUUGUGUCUGUUACUCUGGGUGUGCAUUAUACUUUUAUUGCCAGGAUAGAAAGGAUAAAUUUCAUUUUUGACUCACAAGAAGGUUAAAAAAAUUGUGGCUUGGGUGGAAGUUUAUUUAGGGUCAAUGGAGAGUAGAACAUCUAUUAAAGCAGAAUUCUUUGGAACCAAAUUGCUAACUUUUGGCAGAUAAACCAUUAAUGGAAUUUAAGAAAUUUGACAUCAAUCUGACUACUCUUUGUUUCAGUAGCUAAUUCCGUUAAUUCUUCACUGACGUGGGCUCUGUGUAAGUUCAGUGUUUUCAACACUACCUGUCGUCACUCAACCACAACUCAGUAAUUUUGUGCUCUCUUUAACUUUAUGUAGUUUUUCCUAGAAAUAUAUAUAUGUUUAUUAUCAUUGUACUAAAGAGUUUACAUCCUAAUCAGUAUUACAAGCGAAGUUAUGUUUGAAGGAAAUGGUAGCACUUUUAUUGUAAAGAGCAUGAACAAGUUUAUUAUUAAUGACUGUGUAUGUAUAUCCUCAUAGUCAUCGCCACCUGAUCCCUGAAAUAGCAAAACUCAUAUGAAAUAGAACACUACCGAUGAGUUCCGAUCUUUAACUGGUGCCAUUUUUACCUUGCGUUUAAUUUGGACAAAAUCCUUACAAUGUGGAUUGAUUUUUAAGAGCUGUUACUUCCUUGACUCAAUAUGCCCCAGGUCAUUGUGAGCAGAGUAGGCCGUAAGGGUUCGUGUGAUGUGCUGUGAUAAAUGAAGUAAAAUGCAACCCAAAUAACUAUCUCACUUGCUUCCUCGUCAGGACAUGAGUUCAGAAUCCAGGCGCAUUGAUAUAGUUGCAGCACUAAAAAAAUGUUAGUGUUGUCUUGCAAAAAAGGACUUAAAAUUUGAACAUUUUUGUUGAAGUUAAUGUAAGAAAUAAAUUGGCACUAUUCCAAAAGACAUAGUUUCAGAAUUAGGCCAUUUGGCCCAUCGAGUCUGUUCCACCAUUCCAUCAUGGCUGAUUUACUAUCCCACUCAACUGCAUUCUCCUGCCUUCUCCCUGUAACCUUUGACACCCUUAUUAGUAAGUAGUAAUUGAGAGCCUAUGGACCUCUGUUUUAAAUAUACUCAAUGACUUGGCCUCCACGCCUGUCUGUGACAAUGAAUUCCACAGAUUCAUUAUCUGGCUAAAGAAAUUCCUCCUCGUCUCAGCCCUAAAUGGACAUUCUGAGGCUGUGACUUCUCAUCGUAGACUCACCCACCAUAGGAAACAUUGUCUCCACAUCCACUCUGUCUAGCCCUUUCAGUAUUUGACAGGUUUCAUUCUUCUAAGCUCCAGUGAGUACAGCAUCAAAUACGUACUAAAAGCAAACUAAUUUAGUUCCUCAUGAUUCUGAUCAACUUUUUUUCCCUAAACCAAUACAGACGGAAAAACUAUCUGGCUAUUUAUAUCAUUACUGUUCACUAAACAAAGUGCAACUUACCACAUCAUUCACCAGUAUGACAGCAGUCAUUAUCAUUAAGUGCCAUGUCGUAUGACAUGGGCAAUCAUAAUCUUCCAUUUGUCUUUAAUCUUAGAGGUUCUAAUAAGUUCCUCAAGAGUUCUUGCCCGUCCAUCCCUUGAUGUAACUCACAACUUUUUCUUCCAUUAGUAACAGUAGUAACAUUUGUAAAAUAUUUUCACUACCUGGAGAGUGCUUUAAAUUGACUUAAGCAUGUAUAAAGUGCUACAUUAAUUCAAGUUCUUUCCUGGAUGUUCUCUUUCCAGAGAAGUGUUCUAAAUUACAGACAGGAAUUGUAAGCAAUGCUCCAAUCCCUAGCCAUAAUCCUCAGAAUCUUCAACCAUAACAAUACGUUUAAACACAAAGUACAAUUGCACUACAGCUUUGAAUUGCGUAACAAUGUUAAUACCUUUCUGUUUACUACAGAUAACUGUGCUUAGGCUAUCUUUUAAUUAUUUACAACAUGAUGAAAUAAUUUAAUUUUUAUUUGAAACAGAUAGAAAGUAUAAUUACCAUUUCCCUAGUGUGUAGUCACAGCAGUGGACUUGAAAGCACUACAAUGAAGUUGCGAAAACACCACUAUCUAAUGUAGUUAUUAAGAAUUAAGGUUAGGAAUAUCAAACCCAUCUAACUAUCUUCAAAACUGAUCAUAUUUUCUAUGAAUUAUAUUCAUAGGAGCAGUGUUAAUUGUGUUUCAUAUCUCUCUGUGCUUUUAAAGCAGAGGUUCCCAACCUUUUUUUUAAGCCAAGGACCCCUUGGGGUCUGUGGACCAGACCGCAGGCUGGGAAUCCUUGAUUUAAAGGUUGUUCUGAGGACCAGAAAGUUUCACGCACUCUACAGACUCUGGUGGGUUUCACAAAAGACAGAAAUUCGAGUAUGUUCAGGCAAUGUAACCCAACCUUUCCCAAAUCCUACAUCUAACAGCUUGAGCACCUCGUGUAAAAUUAUCAGAAGCCAAUUCCAUUCCAUACCCAUGAUUGGUUUUGAUAAUCUAUGCAAUGUGCAGCUAUCAUACUUUGAGUCUGCACAUAACUCCCAAAUAUGACCAAAAUAAUACUUCAGAAAUUUAGUAUUAAUCCUUCCCAUUGUAGAGUUUCAAAAUGUCCUAAAUCGGGUAAGACUCUUAUAAUCUUGGUAUUGAAACCCUGAUGGUUCAAGCAUUACCCCAGUAAUGUCUGUCAUUAUUGAGAAUCACCAGGUGCACUCACUGAGGCCUCUGCUCCCUUCUCUCUCACUGGGGCCCCAGAUUCCAUUCUCCUUUCCCAACCACAGAGACCCUGGUUUCCAUGAGCCCUUCAACAUACCAGAGUUACCUUUAUUACACUGCUGCCCUAGUUCUCACAUUCCCUUGCCCUCAAUGGAAUCAUGAUGUCCACACUCUCAGAGGCCACAGUUCCCAAGCUCUCUUCAGUCCUGCUCAUGCUUCCCCCUGCUGCCCUCCAACUUAACUGGUCCAUUAGAAAAUUUAUCCUUCUCUGUAAUGUCUUAAAAAUGGUUAAAAUGAUUUCCACUAGUCCAGAAAAUCUGUCAGUCUGGUGCCACCGAGGUCCCCACAUGCCAGAUUAUUGGAGUUUAACUGUAUUGGAAUGUAAUAACUACUCUGGUUUACCGUGAUUAAAUGUGAACUUCUGUGAAAUGUCAGUAGGCACUAUGUCAAUAUUUUCACCCAAAUAUCCCUUAAUGAAAGCAAAUCACUUAAAUUAUUUAAUUAAAAAUCAACAUUAACAGCUCAACAGAUCACUAGUGUGUCCGGAUGAAGGGUCAUGGCUCAAAAUUUCAACUGUUUAUUCCCCUCUAUAGAUGCCCCCUGAUCUACUGAGUUCCUCCUGCAUUGUGUGUGUGUUGCUGUAGAUUUCCAGCAUCUGUAGAAUCUUUUGAGUUUAUCAGUUUCCUGAUUUAUCUGCAUAGCAAUAAGUUAUGAAACUUCAAAAUGCAAAUUCAGGUUUACUGCGGUGCCCGCCCUUUUCUAGAGUUCACAAAAUUUGGAGGAAGUCAUACACAGCUUUUAAACUUCUUACGUAAAACUACACCUCACAUGGUUCCAUUGUUUUCUCCUGAUGUGAGGCAGCUAAAGUAAUCUUCAUGCAAAUUGCAGUGCAUUUGUAGCAAAUCAAUUCAACUGUCAGCCACACAGAACCAAAUCAUUCCUUCUAAACUCGGGCCACCUAUUCCUGACAACAUCCUCUUUUGUGCACUUUCCCGUACACUCUUUCAUUGAGAGCAUUUCGGUUUUCUGUUUUCUUGCAAAAUCUCACUAUUAGACCAUAAGACUUUAAGACAUUGGAGCAGAAUUGGGCCAUUUGUCCCAUUAAGUCUGCUCUGCCAUUCCAUUGUGGCUGAUUUAUAUAUGACAUUAAUUCAAUCCAUCUAAGGAUUUUGUACAAAAUCAAGUUUUAUUUGAAAUAAGAUUUAGGUGCUUCUUCUUAAGAAAAAAGAUUUGUUCAUGCUCCUUUAAGUGAUACCAAAAAAAGAAAAUAAAUUAAACCAUGAAAUUUGAUUAGAAUGGAAUACAUUUUCUGCAAAUAUUUGAAAUGAAAUAUAUUGAAGUUUAAGAAGACUUGUAAUGAAGGAGAGUUUUGCACAGUAAUUCACCAGUGUUGCCUUUUUAAAAGUUUUAAUUGAUAUUUGUACAUUGCAGAAAAUGUAUUUUAAAUGGUUGCUUUUUCAGUUAAAGGGGAAGGAAUGCAGGGAGGGUGGGAGAUAUUAAAUAUAUAUAUAUAGAAAAUUUUGAAUAUGUAACUUUCCUUCCCCUUUAAGAAUUACAAUUUUUACUCAAGUAGUGAGUUUUGAAGGUGUGAAAAUAUUUUUUUGCUGUAUUUUAAGGCCAUUAUAUAUCUAUAACAGCACACAAAUGCAGGAUCUAGCAAAUUUCCAGAUUCUUGCUUCAUUUUAAAUGAAUUUUUCCAAGUUUAUCAGAAAGCGUCCCUCUCUUUGAGUAACAGAAUUGCUCUCUACUUUUGCUCAGAGCCAUGGCUAUAGUAUGACAAUCAUUUAAAUGUAUAAAAUAAGCUGGAAUUUAUUAUUUUAAUUAUCCUUGAAAGGUAAAAAAAAUGAAGUGUUAAUUAAUGGGCUGGAGCUGAAAUAUUUAUAGUGUAUAUGAUAUUUAAAUUCUUAUGAAGGUUUUGAGAUACAACUUUAUGAAGUGCCAUAUGAAAGUAUUAAUGCGUGCUAACUGAUGGAGCAUUUUCAACUUCAAUCCAUUUCUAAAAUGAGUGACAUUGUACUGUCAAGCUGAAUGUUGUGCACCAUCUUCACCUCUACCUUUUGCUCUUUAUUUUUGUACCUGGUGCGCACACGAGCCUGUCUUUUAUAUGAAGUCAGUUUUAUAUCUUCAGUAUUAUUUCAUAAGUACCUUCCAGAAAAUUUGUUUUCAAAUGGAAGAUGUGCAAAAAAAAAGAUUUUUGUCUAUUUUUAGAUUUUGUGAACUUGUAGGCACUUAAUGUAGACAAUGUAUCACAGUACAAGGACUAGUUUUCCUUGGAAAAAUACCAGUAUUUAUGUUAUAUAUGUUAAUUCUAAUA